UUACACGUUAAUUUUUGACGAAUGUUUUCAGUUUAUUUGGCUCAUCAUUUUUUUCGUUCCAAAUUUUGAAAAUUUCUAAAAUAAUGGAAACCGACUCCGUUUCAUCAUCGACACGACGACAAUGGAAUCAUUUGAACAAAGUUCUCUCACGAACCGGUCCAUUUGUACAGGCUGGAUUUGAUGUAACAGCAGGUUUAACCGUAUUACAAGAGGCAAAAAUUCUGGUCGUUGGUGCAGGUGGUCUUGGCUGUGAAAUGCUCAAAGAUCUAGCCAUGAUGGGUUUCGUGGAUAUUCAUGUUAUCGACUGCGAUACGAUUGAAAUAUCGAAUCUAAAUCGUCAAUUUUUAUUCCGUACCAAAGAUGUUGGCCGUAGUAAAGCAGUGGUUGCUGCCGAAUUCAUAAACAAACGUGUUGCUGGCUGUAAUGUUACCGCUCAUUUCUGUAAGAUUGAAGAUAAAGAUCCGGAAUUUUAUUAUCAAUUCAAUGUAAUCGUCAGUGGUCUAGAUGCUAUUGGUCCAAGACGUUGGCUAAAUACUAUGCUAUUCGGUUUGUUGCAACCAUCGUCUGAAAUGAAUCCAGCCGAAAUGAUCAACAUAAUACCAUUGGUUGAUGGUGGAACCGAAGGUUUCAAAGGAAAUCUUCGUGUAAUCAUACCAAGUCAUGCCGAUUAUCCAUGUGUUGAAUGUAUGCUGGACUUGUAUCCACCACAGAUUACCUAUCCACUUUGCACAUUGACACAUCGUCCAAGACUUCCUGAACAUUGUAUUGAAUAUGUUAAACUUAUCCAAUGGAAUCGUGAUAAUCCAUUCGGUGAAGUGGAAUUAGAUGGUGAUGAUCCAACACAUCUUCAAUGGGUAUAUGAACGUGCAAUGGAACGUGCUACUGAAUUCGGUAUCGAAAGUGUUACCUAUCGACUUACACAAGGUGUUGUCAAACACAUAAUACCUGCGGUAGCAUCAACUAAUGCAACGAUUGCAGCUGCUUGCUGUACCGAAGUAUUCAAAUUAAUGACUGCUGCUGCACCAUUUCUUAACAAUUAUCUUGUACUAAAUAAUUCUGAUGGAAUCUAUACGUAUACAUAUGCAGCCGAACGUAAACGAGAUUGCAAGAUUUGUGGUACAUUACCGAUACCAUUGAAAAUUUCUUCGAAAAAAUUAUCAUUAAAUGAUCUCAUCGAUCAAUUGGUAUCGGAUUAUCAAAUGGCCAAAGAAAAUAUAUCCAUACGAACAAUAAUGAAAAAUGGUUCUGAUCAAACAUUAUAUAUGGCAAGUUUAGCCGAGCAAACAUCGUUGAAUCUAACAAAAACAUUACCACAAUUAAUGAUUGAUGAUGGUCAAUUGAUUGUUGUCAUUGAUAAUCAUUUGAUGAAAAAAUUUGUAAUUAAUUAUGUAUAAUUCAAUUUUUUUCCAUUUAAAUUUUAGUCAUCGAUUAAACUAAAAUCAUGAAUGAAUGAUACAGGUGAA